UCCUCCUCAGAGGGUCAAGAAACAAACAUGGCGGCGUCCAGUGUUUUCAAACCUGGUUUGUUUAAUCAUAAAGUAGCAAUAGUUACAGGUGGAGGAACCGGUAUCGGUAAAGCAAUCUCGACAGAGCUUCUGGAGCUCGGCUGCAGUGUGGUGAUCUCCAGCAGGAAGAGGGAGAGGUUGGAGGCUGCAGCUAAAGAGAUGACACAGAAAAUCCCUCCAACCAGCCCAGCUUGUGUCACUCCUCUGCAAUGUAACAUCAGAAACGAAGAUGAGGUGAAAGCUCUCGUAUCCACAGUGCUGAAGAAAUAUGGCAGGAUAGACUUUCUGGUGAACAAUGGAGGAGGUCAGUUCAGCAGCCCUGCAGAGCACAUUUCCUCUAAAGGCUGGAAAGCUGUGAUUGACACAAAUCUUACCGGGACCUUCCACUGCUGUCAGCAAGUUUACACUGCAUGGAUGAAACAGCACGGAGGAGUGAUCGUCAACAUCAUUGCUGACAUGUGGAAUGGCUUCCCGGGCAUGUCGCACACAGGAGCAGCGAGGGCAGCAGUGGACAAUUUAACUAAAACUUUGGCCAUCGAGUGGGCAGAAUCAGGAGUCCGAGUCAACGCUGUCGCUCCUGGAACUAUCUUCUCUAAGACUGCGAUGGAGAACUACAAGGAGUAUGGACCAGAACUGUUCAAGAUGUCUGUCCCAUUCAGUCCUGCAAAGAGGCUCGGGGUACCAGAGGAGAUCUCGUCAACAGUGUGUUUCCUGCUCUCUCCUGCUGCCUCCUAUGUCUCUGGAGCCACCCUGAGGGUCGAUGCAGGACAGAGUCUGUACCGCUCCAUAUGGGAGAUACCCGACCACAGUGCAUGGCCUGAGGCUCCAGAGGGGGAGAACAUGGAGGCCCUGAAGGAGCUGCUCAACCCAAAAAGCAAACUCUAAUUCACUCUAAUUACAGUUUAUCAAACGUGUAUGAAUGGACAUAAGUUUCAUGUAUGCCAAGAUCUGCUCUGUCAGAGAAACAAGUUACUACAGUGGUCUUGAUUGUAAAGUAUUGUGAUCUGUUUUAAAAUCAUGUAUAUAAUUGUAUGUAAGUAACAGCAACAUUUCUGAUUAGAUUCCUGGAUCAUCUGCUGUGAUGUUGAUUCUUUUAUAGUGCCUCAUUUGGUUGGUAAACUGAGGUUUACUACUCAAAUACAGCAAUGAUCUUUCUAAAAAGAGCCAUUAAAAACAAACCAUAGACACAGGGCUGCUAAAAGAUAUAAGCACCUUGUUUUAUAGUGUCACUGAGGCUGCAUCAGGAGUUGAAAAAAAUAAGAUCUUCAUUAGUUUUCUUGCCCUCAUGUUGACCUUUUAUCAUGCCUUCUGUGUUUUUUUUCAAUGGGCUCAGUCAUGAAAUUCUUUAGUUUGCUGUCGCCUUUCAUCGUCUGUCUUUUGAAAACAGCAGUUAUGAUGAUACAGUUUGUCAUUUUGACAUCUUAUUGAUCUUAUGUAUUACAAAGCACAGCUUCAUUGAUAACAAAUACUGUGACACAUUUUCUUUACAUAUAAAUCUUUAGGAGUGUACAGAAAAAUAGGUUAUUUUAUAAUUAAAAGCUUCAAAUAACUUACAAUUAA